GUCCUCCGCCUCCUCCCGCUGCUGCUGCGCCGCGCUGCCCCCUUGCUCCUCCUGUGCCAUCUUCCCGGUCUGCGGGCGCCGCUUUAACGAUUCCGCGACGCCGCUCCUGCUCCACUUUGGACGGACUUCCGCGCAACAGCCGGAGCCCGAGCGAGGAGCAGCGGCAUCAGCAUCAGCCCUGCACGGUGUCAACCCCCUCCCCCCCCACCCCCACGACACUGCGGGAGGCGACAGAUCCAGAGUCAGAUCCACGUCGAGCCUCUGCAUUACGCACGGAUCCCGAGACACCCGCCGUGCCAGAUCUGUGCGGAUCUGCAAAUCUUACUGAGUCUGAGCCGUUUUUGUUGUUUCCUCCAAACUCGUGUCUUCUCGCCGAGGCAGGGGCGAUGACUUUCUCCUCUUCCACCCGCACGACGAGCCUCCUCCUGGAGCCUGACUCCACACGAACACCCGGACUGUAGGAGCGAGACUUUUAUCACCGAGCGCCGGCUCAUCAGCGAGUAUAAAGAGGAGACUUUAUUGGUCAGGGACGGCGCUUAAAACAUCACGCUUGCUGUAAAUCAAGUCAGGAGCAUCAAGCCCAAGUGCAAGACGAAUGGUUUGGGCAUGGUGCCCACGCCCCAGGUGUGCGUAUCAACCCUGGUCACGGUGAGCACGAUGGCAGUGGUCGACCUCUACCUAUUGGAGCAGAGCAUGCUGGGCGCUCACGGUCUUCCAGGACCAAGUGUCUGGCAGUGUGCAGCAGUGUUGCUAGGAGAUGUGGGCUUCCUGCUCGCGCUGCGCUUUGUGUCAGCCGGCGUGGUGUCAGAGGUGCGGUCGCCAAGGCGGGGUUUUGCCAACGCCCUCUGGUUCCUCUUCCUGUCCCUGCUCCAGCUCAAGCUCUUCUUCGUCUGCCAUAACUACAGACAGGAACGCCGGCCGCCCGACCCGCUGGCCCGGAAGACCCUGACACUGCUGCUGUCCAUCUGCUUGCCCUCCUUGUUCCUAAUCCUGACUGGAGCUGACCACAUGACCCCUCAGCGCAGGAAGCAGGAGGUGCGGGGUCGGCUGUUGUGGGUGGUCGUGGACCUGCUGGAUGUACUGGACCUGCAGGCCGGGCUGUGGGAAGUCCAAGGAGGCGUCUCAGCUGGGACUGGAGGGGUUGUUGAACAGCAGCUGCCAAUCUGGGCCGAGGGUCUGGUCUUCUUUUACUGCUACGCCCUCCUCCUGCUGCUGCCGUGUGUGGCCCUCACAGAGCUUGGGGCCACCGGUCUGCCAGGACAGAGGGGGCCCCGUAAGGAGGCUUUGUACCCUUGGCUCAGCUUGGUCACCAUCAAUAUCUUCACCCUGGCUCUGAGGGGCACAGGCAUGCUGUGGUACCGGGACCCCCGUGUGUCCACUGUGUUCCUGGGGAAGAACCUGCUGGCUCUGGCUGUGAAGCUGAGCUCAGCCUGGGAGAGACACAAGCAGGAGCGAGCUGCUGCGGGAGCUGGGACUGUGGCUGGAGCGGAACCAGGAGACUCGACCAUGCCAAGCCAGAGCUUGGAGCAGGGAGAGGGCGAGGCUCAGGGGAAAGCUCCUCCUUCUCAUUAUCACUCACUGUCUCGCUCCCAAAGCCACACACUCUCCCACGUCAGCCUGGAGCCUGCAGAGACGCCCUUAGGACCCUCUUUCAUCUCACACGAACUCUAGAGAGUCUCCAGCUGUCUGAACAUGCACGCAUGCAAAAAUGCAUGUAUGCACACCCACACUCAACACUCAGACCAGCCAGUAUCACAUCCAAACAGAUAACUUGUAUUGAAUUUCAGUACAACAGUGAUGGGUUAAUGCCGAGCUGUGGAAAUGCAUUUGGCAAGCUCAGCUUUCUGCACAUUUUGUUGUGCUAAGAAAAACUCAAAAUGCAUUGCUGUGAUUUGUGGGUGUGUAUUUUUAAAUUGAACACUGUGAACACAUCUAUGCGAGUGUAAAGAAUAUUCCAGAAAUGUAAACUGGAGUCUGGCAGUGCUUAUUCUUGUUUAAUCUGGGCACAACCGCCUCAACUCAACUGCCACAAUGUUUCUGAACUCUGUCCUUCACACACCAACUUGAAGUUAAAGUUUUACUUGUUUUCAGUUGUUCGUGUAUAGAUACAAGUUAAAUUUCAUGCUAAAAAAAAUCUGAUGCCACUGCAAAUUCCGACUCUGUGUAGGGGUGUGAACAACUCCUCUGUGGUUCACUCAUUAGUUUCUGUUAAUAAGAUCAGCACUUCAUUAGAUAAAGUUAAAAAACGUCUGUGACCUUUCAGUGUACAUUUUCUUUGACACUUUACAGCGAACUUUCACAGGAGAAAAAAAAAUACAGAGGGGUGAUUUUUUUUCUUCUUUCAGGACCACGGAGGCAUGAUUUAAAAGCCAUCCAAGCAGUAAAUGUCGCUCUACACGGUGCUCCAAUAUUUCAAUGUAACUCAAUGGUUUCAAACCUCUUGGGUGACCCUUUAAAUCAAAGGCUUUGUGACCCUGAGUGAUGUUCAUCUUAUAUAUUUUUUUUAAUUUCGAUACAUUUUAGAGGCUGGACAAUGUGAUAUUAUUUACUUUUUCCACAACAUUAAAAUGCAAAACAGACGAGAAACAUACAGAUGUUUUUUUCAUGGUCUCACAACCUCCAUGAUUUAUCUUGCGACCCCUUUAAGGGCCCCUGCAUCAAGGUUGUGCACCGCAUCUGCAGUGGUGUCAGAUUUUCUUUCCAACCCAAGGUAACACGCUGAUUUCACUGUUAGUUCAUCCUGUCUGGCGGAGAAUGUUAAUCAGAGGAAUCAGUCACUGUGGUGUUUGGUUGGAGUGAAAACCUGCAGACUCAUGAGCCUCAUGUUCGACCAUCCCCGCUGAACUGUUUCUGGUCUCCUGAUAUUUUUUUAGUUGAUUUAAAUGCAGAGUUUGAACGUCAGUUAAUUGGCAAAAUGAUUUCAGAUGCGUUUGUUGUCCUCACAUAUUUCCCGAGCUGUUAAAACCAUCUAAUAGACAUUUUAACAUAACUUAAUGUGCAUAACUCAAGAUUACAGCUGUUUAUGAACGACACUGUUUCCAUAAAUGUAAUAUGUUACUGGUAGGGCUGGAUGAUGUGCAAUAAGCAUUUUUGCAUCAUCUUAAACCUAUUAUAAAACAAACUCCAGGUCUAUUUUACUGCACUGUUUGCAAAGACAGAACACCAGUGUAAGUAAUCCCUUUACACAUUCUGAAUUCAUGUUUUGCCGUCUUUUGUCGUCUGUACUUUCAGAAACGUCUCUUUGGGAAAGCUGCCUGUCCUACCGUUCAAAAACUCUGUUUUUCACUAAGAAUUAAUUUUUUAAUCCAACAUGAAUUACCGUGUGGAAGUAUUUGGCCGUCGUGGGAUUAUGGGUUAGGGCGGGAGGUGUAGUGGAUGUUCAGUUCAGUCAAGUGCCUUGUUUCCUCAUGGAGCUAUGAGCCUCCAGCCUGUCAAAGAGGCGCACACAUUACGUGUACCAUGCGGAACUUGGACAUAUGCCAUGUGUAUACUGUGAAGUUAUUCCACAGCUGUUGUCAGCUACACCUCCAGGACAGAGUGCAAACUAAUAAA